GAAGAAAAACAUAGCAGGUGUGUGGAUUUUAUCAAAAUGGUUUUGGUUAUUAAAUUUUAGUUUUAAUUCAAAAUAAUCAUUAAACAUAGCUUUCAUAAAAGCUUUUAGUCAUCGUUUAAUAAUACAAUAGAGAUUUCAUUGCAUUCCACUAAUUCGUGGAUUUACAGUUAUUCGCGUAACACGUAUUUUGUGCAUCGAACAGUGAAUUAGGCCACAUAGCGAUCUCUCCCUAAAAUACCGCUGUUCUGGUUGUCGACGUAUCAAGAUAAUUAUAGUAAGGCGGGAGAGUGAUGUUCUGGGAGGUCGCGGAUUGGUAUUGUGAUGUCAUCUAAAGGGGAAACAGAGGCCGAUUCAGGCACGGUGUCGCCAAAUUUGAACACGGAGAAAAAUGAACCUGUUGCUACUGUCAGUAAAGAAACAUCAAAAAGAGGUACUACUUUAAAAUGUACCACUUGCAACAAUUUUUCCACUUCGAGCGUUCGAACUUUAUCCACACAUAUGGGCCAAUGUUUCCCUGAUAAUAACAAUGUGGCCGCUGCACAGAAUACAGACACGCGUCCACAUAGAAAAAUAUUCGAAUGCGAUGUGUGCAAUAUGAAGUUUUCAAAUGGAGCUAACAUGCGUCGACAUAAAAUGCGGCAUACAGGGGUCAAACCGUACGAAUGUCGCGUUUGUCAGAAAAGAUUCUUCAGAAAAGAUCAUUUGGCCGAACAUUUUACAACCCACACUAAAAGCUUGCCGUAUCAUUGCCCAAUAUGCAAUAGAGGAUUCCAGCGUCAAAUUGCCAUGCGUGCUCAUUUCCAAAACGAACAUGUCGGACAGCACGACCUCGUCAAAACUUGCCCUUUGUGUAGUUACCGCGCCCCGACCAUGAAGAGUCUUCGAGUACAUUUCUUAAACAGACACGGCAUAGAUCUCGAUAACCCCGGGCCCGGCAACAACUCGGUGUCGGUGCUGGCGGCGGGCAUCGCGAACGCGGCGUACGGCGAGGGCUCCAUGGACCCGAGCACCAUGUCGGCGCUGGGCGCGCUGGGCUCCGGGCUGUCCGUGUCGGUGGCGGCCGCGUACUCCGACAGCGGCGACAGCAACGGCGCGCGCUCGCUCGACAACGCCACGCCGCCUAUGCACUAUCUCACCCCGCACGUCGAAAUAUCGAUGGCCGACAACAACGAAACUUUCUCACCUGCUCAAAACCAUUCCGAUUCUCGUGUUAACGGCGAGGGUCCCAGCUCUCCGCAAUCAGGCGACAGCGCUAUCGCCAGUAGCUCCCUCACCGCCGGCCUGCCUGCUAACAUCACUCCCUCCAUCACUCUCAUACCCAUCAAGCAGGAGCCAAACACGCAGGAGGAAGGUUCGGGCGACGGCGGCGGCGAGACCAACGGCGACAAGCGCGGCGUGUCGUCUAGUCUCUCGUCAAUCAUUAAAGUAUCGCCCCUUAAAAGCUUACUCAGGGAAGAUCUACGUCGCCGUAUAACAGCCCGCGGCCGCGGGAACCGCUCUAACGGUUCCCGCGCGUCUCCUUCCGAGGGCGGCGUGAUCACGUCGACAUACGGCGACGCGGCGAUGUUGCCGUCGUCGCUGGUGUGCACGUUCUGCUCCAUAACGUUCCCGGACUCGACGCUGUACUUCCUGCACAAGGGCUGCCACUGCGACUCCAACCCGUGGAAGUGUAACAUCUGCGGCGAGCAGUGCUGCAACGUAUACGAGUUCAACUCUCACCUGUUAAGUAAGAGCCACCAAUGACUGUUUGCUGGGGGGCCGUUCGAUCACUGACUACUAGUUGAUGAUGCACUAUUCCUAUGCGAUCUGACGCAUAGACCCGUUAGCACUUCGAAGAUACUUCACCGUUACUAGAUACUAGAAUGUUUUCUGUCUUUUCUUGUUAACGUUUUCUAAUUCUUGUUAAGCACUGUUGAGUUGAAGUGCUUCGAAUAUGCUAUACGCUAAACGUCCCCCCGAAGCUGUCUUAUAUAAAAGUGCAAAUUAUGUCGAGGUAUAUAGUAUAUAUAUAUAUAUACGAGGUAUUUUAGGGGUUAUGAUAGAUAAAUGCGCGAGGAUAUUUAUAUCGAUAUUUUAGUACUUAAAUGGGUAAACGUUCAUGGUAAUUGUGUUAACUCUUAAUACAUUAUCAUGUUAAAAAUAUGACUUAUGUUAAGACUCGAGAAAAGUAUACAUUCCAAAUUGUAACCCGUACAUUCCAUAAAAUAAUGAGAUUGACAUUUGAAUCGUUAAAAUCUUUGGCGGGGAAUGAAGUGGCUACCUACUUAAAAGUUAUCAUAAAGAAGAUAUAUUUUUAUUUAUUGUUUAUCUUGCAGUACUCAGCUGCACUUAACCGUAAUCUAAAAUCAAAUUAAGAGUAUUUUGGUGCGAUAGUGAAUUAUACAAAUGUUUAUUAUAACUUAAAUGGAGAAGAGUGUACAAAUUAAUAUAUUUUUACAUUUCGCUGUUGACAAUUUUAUGGGAGGCAAAGCCUGCAUAUCCGUGAUUAUUUAAUUAUUGUGAUCAUGUACAGACGGGAAUUAUAAAUUCUAUAUUCCAUUUUAUUUCUUGUUAAAAAAUGCAUUUGAUGCAAGUCCACGACUAAUACUUAAUGUACAAGUUUAUUUUUUGUUAUUUUUAUUUAUUUAAUCUUCUAAAUUGCGAGCUAGUUUUAAAUUUUCUUUAUGUACUUAAAAACUAUUUUAUGGUGCAAAUAAUGAUUAUAUGAAGAUCAUAUGCUAGAAAAAAGAAUUGGAAUUAUACCACGAACUUGCUCAAUAUCGCUCAAGUAUAGAGCAUUUUGAGUUUUCUUUUCGCACAAAAAGCAUAAUACACAGGUAAUAUAUAAUAAUAUGAUUCUUGUGCCGCAAUUAAUGCUCCCUCGGCAAAUCGAGUGCUAUUAUUAGGUGCCUUCUCAUUUCAAUGUUACCAUGUCACGUUGUACUGUUGAAAAUUUUAUUUUAAAAUUAAUUUAUAUUACUUUUUUUGUGUUCAAUUAAAUUUGAUGAAGCUAUGAACUAUGGUUCAUCAAUCAAACUAUGAAUAUGCUCUUGGUUUUUCACCCUAAAUUAUUAUCUAAUUUCUAAUUUAACUUUUUAUUUAAAUUUAUUAUUCUCUUCAAACCAACCUAUGAUGGAGAUUUUAAUGUGUAAAACGAAGCCUUUAAAAAGGAAUUAAAUAUGAGAAUGUGCUCAACAUAUAAGUGAAUUAGUCGAAUACUAUUACGAAACUACUUAAAUAUAACCAUAUCAUUACGAAAAAUACAAACAAAGAAACAAAUUAUUCAGGCCCAUUACAUCAAUUAAAAAUGUUCAAUUAUAUAUAUUAUAUAAUUAAUAAGUAUAGAUUAAUUGAUAGAUUUAUAGGGUACCCAUUUUAUUUUAUUAUAAUGCAUUCCAUGUUUUAACUAAUUGGUAAUUCCGUUCCACUACUGUUCUUUUUACCUGAAUGAGACAUUCCUUUAGCUAUUAAGUACUUAAUAUUCGGUUGUGGUCUUGCCUGAUAAGUUAUCGAAAAUGUCCUUAGAUGAAACUGAAAUUAUGUUUACCAACGAAAGUUUGAGUUUUGUUUUGUUAGUUACAAUGGUACUAGGUAUAAGGCGCGGCAACGCUACGUGGACCGAGUGAGUUACCUGAACAUAGCAACACUUGUUUAUAUUUUAAUUUAUACAUCACUAGAUUUUAAUCGCCAAAAAUAAAAUAAUACAUUAGCGGUCGCAUGUUGUAAAUGUGUCAAUUUUUUUUUUUGUACUGAUUCUGAUAGCCUUAAUAGGCUAUUUCAGCUUCUCCUUCACGUGUAGAUGAGCUCUCGGGGCUCAAACCCGGAGUGUUGCUAACACUAGCCUAGCAAGAUCAGUGCUUCACUGAAUCUACCACCGGAUCGGAAACGUGACCCACUGAGAAGAUCAGACGAGAAACCAAGUGGGCUGUGUCUAUGGGUCAAAUCUGUGAUCACCUCGCGAACUAUUAAUAUGAUACCGUGAUAAAAUUGUGAACACGAUAGUGGGCCACAUGAUUUGUUUACAACCUAUAUAUAACCAAUAAUUAGUAGUAUUUUUUAUUUAUUUUUGUUUCGAUUAUAAAGAAAGCAUUUAGUAUUGGUUGUAGAUAGAGAACAGUAUUUUUCUUUUGGUAAUUAAAAAAAUAGUGGUGUAUGUAUAGAUUCUUAUUUUAUGACUGUUUCAUUGUUGUUUAAUUUAAAAAAACUGGGAUGUUAUUGUUGGUCCCUGCCCGUUGCGCCGCGUUUUAAAUGUAAGACUAGGUGUACAUGAGCUAUUAUUAAUCGGUAACCCCACUGGGCGCCUUGACUUAAUCCGUCCAUAUCUAAUGAUAGAUAUUGCCUUAAAAUAUUUAUAGAGUAAUAUAUUUUAUAGAUUUUAGAGAUUAAUAUUAAGAGAAUAUCUAAUUAUAAAGUGUUUUCAGAAUUGCAGAGGUUUAAAUAACGUAGUUAUAUUUAUUUAUCUUUAUUGUGAUCUGUGCUAUCGAUAAAUCAACUUUGACAAGACACAAAACUAUAAAGUUAGAAUAUAUUAUUAAUUUUAUUAGCUUUGCUAUUAUUUUCUAUAGUCAAAUAUUUUAUUCUAACAAUUUAUUAACGGCAUAUAAAAAGUUAAAUCUCUAAAAACAGUUUUGUGAUUAUUCUUGUGUAGAGCAAUUGAUUUAUUGAUAGAACCAUGAGCACUUUGUUGAUUGUUGCAGUUUAAAUAAUUUUCAUGAAUAAAACGAAUUAUUUUUUUAUUUAUAAAUUAAUGAAAAAAUCAUUGUUUUCGGAAAGUAUUUUAAAUUCCACAAAUCCGAACAAUUUCAUUAUUAUUAUAGUUCUUGAAAUAAUCCUCUUUCUGAAAUGAAUCCUAUUCAGAAAUAUUCAGUAAGAAACUGUGUGGUAAAAACCUACUUCAAACACCGUCCGUAAAAUUCAUUUUAAUAAAAAAAAAAUACUUUUAGCUUAGAACCCUCACUUUAAUACCAAAACACAGUUUACCAACAUGUAAUUAUGGCUUAAGUUGUUAUAUUAUUAUAUGUUUUAUGAUGUUUAAGAUAGACGAAUUAAUAAAAUUUAAAAGCAAUGUAACCUUAGGAAGACAGGAAAUGAUAUUUUGCUGUUACAUUUAUUUCAUCAGUUUAAGUGAUUAACUUAUAUUAAUAUUUAAAAGUUGUCGUAAAUAACGUGUUUGACUCAUGAGUGAUAGUUACUAUAUCAAAUUUAGCAAUUUGUGCCUUAGAUCAAUAGAUUUGAAAGAUUCUUUAGAUGUGUGUGUUUUCACAAUAUAUCUAAUAUACACUAAAUUAUUUUUGUCAUAUUGUUUAUUUACAAAUGAAAUUAAAAAGUACGUAAGGGAACAAUUACUGAAACUAUAAGUGUCAUAUUGUACUACCUCAACACAAACGAAUAAUAUUGUCCAUUUGCUAAACUAAACAUAUAAAUACUUAUCGUAUUGGCACCGCAGUGUAAAGCGAAGUCGGUGGACGCUCCGCGUCAAAAAAGGUCGAUAACUUUUUUUUCUCCUACCUAUGCUGAUAGCCUUGAGAGGCUAUAUCAGCUUAGCCCUAACGUGUAGGUGAGCUCACAGGGCUGUUGCUAACACUGGCCCUAGUAAGAACAGUGCUUCUCAGAAUCUACCACCGGAUCGGAAACGCGAUCCACUGAGAAGGUCCGGCGAGAAACUCGGUGAGUUGUGUUUAUGGGUUAAUUCGCUCGUCGAGCCCUUCGCCGCAAGCGACGGGUUCGACGAGGACGGUGAUCGGGACCGAUAACUUCGUGCAUCUUAUUUUGUAUGCUGUUACAUUGCGUACAGUGCAAUGAAAGGAAAAUUUAUCGCGCGAAGUUAUUAUGGCGUGCCAGCGCCACCUGUCUUCGUUUUCAGGAAUGGUUCCCUUACACCCAAUAACAAUGUUUUAAUGUAUACAAAACGAAAAUAUAUGGCUGUUUGCUUGUUUUAUGAUAAAGUUUAUUUGCAGUUGAAUUAAGAUUGUUGAAGUCGUUACGAUGAUGUGCGAUUAGUUAAAUGAAUGGUACUUAUUACCAAGUAAGUAGUUCUAUUUAUUUUACUUUGUAAUAAUUUGGUAAAGGGUCUAAUGAAACAUUAAUAAACUAUGACAAAUACAAA